AAACAGAACGAAACCCUUUCGCUUUCCCUUUUCUUCUUCUGUAACUACCAACCUGUUCUUAGCUUUAGUUUCAUAUUAUGUUGCUUCCUACACUGAUAUUUUGACUGCACAUCUGCACCAAAUCAAACAAAAGCCGCAAUCAAACUCAGACUUCACAUCUGAGUUAAACCAGCAGUAUAUUUGAAGUAUUCCUCUCUCGAGCUUUGACUUCAGCUUUCCUGUUCUGCGGUUUAUCAGUGCAGUGAGUGGAGGAAGGCCUGCCUCCUCUGGUCCAACCAGGUGUGCAGUCUUUCACCCUGAUCACUUUCCUCUUCCUCAGACCGGUCACAGUGAGAGCUGAGAGACAUGGCAAACCCUAAUGUGAAGGUGUGCAGUUUUUGCGCGCUGCUGGUGCUGGUUAUGAUCUUGUUCAUUGUGAUUAUUGGUGUCACCAGGAGCCACAAUUGCCUCAAUCCAAGCAAUCUCCCGAAUUGCCCAAAUGGGACGUUCAACAAAGCUGCCGUGGCUGCGGACAAUGGGAACUGCUCAAAGAUUGGGAGGGACAUCCUUAAACAAGGCGGCUCGGCGGUAGACGCCGCCAUCGCCGCGCUUCUGUGCACCGGCAUCAUGAACCCUCAGAGCGCGGGGGUGGGAGGGGGGGCCAUUUUCACCGUGAUGGACAGAUCUGGUAAGGUGAAGGUCAUCAACUCCAGGGAGACCGCGCCGUCGAAGGUGGACCCUGAUCUGCUGAAGUCCUGCAAAAAUGAAUCGAUCCCACGUACAGGAAGCAAAUGGAUUGGUGUGCCAGGGGAAAUUCGAGGCUACGAAUUGGCGCACAAACUUUAUGGAAAACUGCCGUGGGCCGCGCUCUUCCAGCCGACCAUCAAGCUGGCCAGAGAGGGAUUCCCUAUUCCUCCGGUCCAAGGCUCCGGCAUCACAGACAACAGGAUGAAAAACACGUCUCUGUGGAAACUAUAUUCAGACAAAACUGGGACCCUGCUGAAGACCGGAGACAAGAUCAAGUUUGAGAAACUGGCCGACACUUUGGAGCUGAUUGCAAACGAAGGAGCGGACGCCUUCUACACCGGAAGGGUAGCGGAGGAUUUAGUCCGUGACGUGCAGCAGGAAGGAGGAAACCUGACGCUGGAGGAUUUGGCAUCAUAUAAGGCCACAGUGACCGAGGCGUGGGUUGCCCCAGUGGGAGAGUACCAGAUGUACAUACCCCCGCCCCCGUCAGGAGGACCGCUCCUCAGCCUCGUCCUCAACAUCAUGAAAGGGUAUCAGAUGAAUUCAGCCCCUCGGUCUGUUGACGAAAAGAUCCUGUUUUAUCACCGCUAUGUGGAAGCUCUUAAAUUUGCUAAUGGACAAAAGAAGCAAUAUUUACAGCUGGCAAAGAACAUGACAAGUAGCGGCUUUGCAGACGAGUUACGGCUCCGGAUCAGAGAUGACCGUACCAACAGUCCUGUGUACUACAACUUUAACAAAUAUCCAGACAGUAUGGGUACCACACACGUGUCUGUGCUGGCUGAAGAUGGAUCAGCCGUCGCCGUCACCAGCAGCAUCAACUACAAAUUUGGCUCCAAGGUCUACUCUUCAAGCACUGGAGUCCUGCUCAACAACCAGCUGUUGGAUUUUUGUGAAACAGCCAAUAGCGUCUCUCCUGGGGAGCAGCCCCCCUCCUCCAUGACUCCCGUUGUGCUGAAGUCUAAAUCAAAGACGCUGGUGAUUGGAGCGGGUGGAGGGAGGUGGAUCACGACGGGGCUGGCCUCAGUUCUCAUCAACCACCUUUGGUUUGGGAAGAGCCUCAAGGAGGCGAUUGAUACUCCGGUUGUCUAUGUUGACUCUCAAAACACAGUGAAGUUGGAACCCAGCUUACACAAAAGCGUAAUUGAAGCUCUUGAAGCGUUGGGGCACAACCAGACGUCUGAGGAAUUCUACAAUGUGGUUAACGCUGUGGAGAAAAAGGACGACUACAUCUGUGCUGUGUCUGACGACAGGAAACGGGGAGAAGCGGCUGGUUAUUGACGCCACUAGUCCGUAAUUCUGGUUACACAGGAUUUCUUGAAGCAGAAGACGGAUCUGUUGUUCUUAAAUAUCACUGAACAAGACACAGAGACACAAGUUUAAUUUGCCGUAACUCUGCAGGGACAUGCAGAGUUACCGCUGAUAUGACUUUCCAGUUAGGAAUUGGCUCCUACCCACUCUGCCAUAGAUACCAGUGGUGCAUUGACGAUGGUGUUACUGUGCUUGACUGACCUGAACCCAGAGAUCAUGAGUUUUGGAUUGUCAUUAUCUGUAAACCAUAAUCAUAAAAAUGACAUAAAAUAAAUUCUUGAAAUGUUAA